CACAGGCAUUGUGCGCACAUGCGCACUAGUUCCCGCUGGCAAGGAGUUGCUGGAGAUUGUCCCGGACGGGGAGUAGGUGGGCAACUGGAUUAAGUCCUCAUUUGGCACAGUACUGCGUCUGUAUUUAAACACCAACUAGCUCAAGGUUUCUCUGAAACGACGGAGAAAAAUAUAAGGCGGGGUUCUGUUGGAUUUCAUGGCAGGUUUACUGGUUUCCACGGAAACGACUGGCAGCUAAUGAUGCCCCCUUGGUUUCAUUCCCGAGAACAGGCCUUAUUGGUAGUCGUCAAUUAUUGCUGAAAUGUCAGAUACUUGUAAACUUCGGCUGUGACUACUCCUCACGAAGAGCACAUAUCAUACAGACUGCCUUUUCUUUAACCUGGAGUACCUUCAAACCUUUAAGAUGUCUCAGUAUAGUCUAUUAGAAGAGGUCUGCCAGUGGAAUGAACAGAUGUGUAAGAGGAAGAUGGGAACUGUUCUUUCUGAACUCAUUUCUAUAUAUCAAAAUAACGAAAGCAGUAAGGAACAAUUACGAGUAUUGAAGAUUCUGACAGGCAAGUUUCUGCCUCACAUCAGCCUUUUUGAUAUAGAACAUGCCUUCUUCUCUCAGAUAUUACCCAAGGCAAUGACAUUGUUUGAUGAACUUGCAAGUAAGUUAUCUCAACAAGCAGGAACUUUGUCCAGUCAAAACACCGAACUGCAGGCAGCACUGAGGAAUGCAAUACAGACUCAGAUCCAACUUUUGGAAGUUCUGAUGAAUAUUGUGCAGCAUAUGUGCACUCUUGAGGAAGCUCUAACCUUGACAAGCAUGCAUUCAUUAUCUCUGGCUGUCUUUCAUGUCCUGAAGAAUACCUUUAGUCAUUGCAAGGACAGUGAGACUUUGUACCGUAGUCACUUGCACUUGGUUGCAGACCUGUUGCAGUUUUUAUUUAAGGAAGCAUAUUCACUUCAGAAGGGGUUCAUGGAACUUUUGGAUCGGAUAGUUUUGGAAUCAACAGGUGCUUCUGGUGACGAUAUUGCAUGCAUGGUGGUAGUAGUUCACAAUGUUUUGAAGAUUUGUUCAGUCAUUUCCAAAAUGGAUCAUGCUCUACAUGCUAACACAUGGAAGUUCCUUAUUAAAAUAAGUGUGAAGCACCGGGCAUUAAUCGAGACAAAGCUGCCACAUGAUGAGCUUGUUACUGGUCUCUGUGAGGACAUUCUCUAUUCUUUCAGUUCAUGUAUGCAGUUAGCUGAACAAAUUCACCAGUCUACAGGAAUGGGCAAUGCAAAUACAACUGAUUGCAAACUUUUCCAGAAGACCAUGAAGCUGUGCCGUUUUUUUGCCAACACGUUGGUGCAUUAUGUCAAGGAGUUCGUUGACUUCCUUUCAAGGUCUUGUCAUCGACUGCACCAUUUUUACCUUCAGAUGUACAGUAAAUUUCCUCCUAGUUUGUAUGCACCGGUUUUGUCUGAUGGACUAUAUGAUCAAAUUGCUUCCAUUGUCCCAGUUGCUUUGGAUGCCCUUGUCUCUCAGCUGCUGUCCUUCAGGCCUUUUGUGGAGACAGUCUUACAAGUCAACCCAGAUAUCAGUUUGGAGCUGGCCCUUCCACAGUGUUUAUUGCUAAUUAAUAUAAUAGGCAAACUUUCAUCGGAGUCUUGCGAGAUUCAGAGCCUUUGGUGUUCUGGCAGCCAGAUUUCAGAGGAAAAGCCAAGAUUACCUUUGUUUCACGUACUGUUUCACAACUUCCACCGAUGCUAUGCGGAACUUUCUUUGCCAGUGCAGUUGCCUGGAGUGAUGAGUAAAGGACAGGCUCAAAAAAAUAUCAGCCUUUAUGAAUAUGUAUGCACUAAUUUGUGCUCUUUUAUCACGUCUCUUCCGGCUUCUCUCUUUCCAGAUUUGGAGUGUGCUUUAUUGGACGCUGUACUCAGUCCUCACAUGUUAACUGCAUUACUGGCUACGGACGCAUGGUGUUUUCUUGCACGUUAUGGAAGUGCUGAACUUUGUGCUCAUCAUGUGUGUCUCAUAGCUCAGUUGGUGAAAUCUUGUUCUGGAGAGUGUUACCAGCUGUCCCAUUUAUCCUUACUGCUCCGACGUAUGCUCUGUCUCAUGGCAGCAAACCACCAGGCUGCAUUUAUGGACACGUUUUCUCCCAAGGAGCCUAGCAACUUAGUUUUAUGGCGACAAGUUAGUAUUAAAGCUCUGUCUGCUGACCUUCAGAAACCUGUCACUUCUGACAUCAUCAAGACAGCAGUUGAUCAGUGCCUAAAGUGGCAGAGUAGCAAGCAUGCUUUGGGAGAAUUGGAACAAGUGAAUGUUGCCCUUGCUGCUAUGGUAGCUGUGUGUCAUGCUGAUGGGGAAGCCUUGAAUUCAGAGUUGCAAUUAUCAGUCACAGAAAUGCUUGGCCAAAUGUGGUCAGUCCUCACUGUGGAACAGGUCCUGAGCCAGCGUUGUAUUCAACAGACAACCAGUCUGCUCCUUUCUUUCGUUUCACUGUUGAUUCGAUCAGUAGGGCCACCAUUGAUAGCUCAAGUGGUAUUAUUCCUCCAUUCCCUUCUUCCUCUGAAUCCCCCUGAUCAUGUUCGUCUUGCUGCACUGGACUUCUUAGGUUCCCUUGGAAAGAUAAUUAUACCACCAGAUGUUCAGCAUACAGUCCUUCCGAAGCUGCCUUGCCUCUUUUCAUCCCUUCUAGAAGACAAAUCCUGGCUAAUUCUUCAACAUGCACUACAGGGAUUUACAUUGUUUGCUGAGGGGACAUGCCACGAGGAAGUGGUCCCUCAAAGCCUCGAGUCAGGAGCAUCAAAGUGCAGAGUUGUAAGCUUCUUGAACAAGGCGAUUACAACAACUGAGACCAAGGAAUUGCAAAUGGAAAGAUUAAAGCGACAAAAUGCAAUUCUAGAUGCACAUUUCACUCGCCCACAUCUAUGUGCAGUGAAUGGCUCUGUUGUGGUGGAGCCAUAUGCUAAACGUGCCAGGUUGGAACAAUUUGAAGAGGAGGAGUAUGAGAAAACCUUGCAAGCAGCAGAAAAUGCUUUUAAAACAUUACAGACUUUGCUAAAACAGGGACCAGCACCAGAAUGGAUAAAGGUCCGUUUACAAGCCCUACAAACAACAAUCACUGCCAUGAACAAUGGCAGGCAAUAAAGUAUAUAACAGUCUGAAGAAGUUACAUUGUCUUGCUGCAGAGAGGAAUGACUAUCAUCACUGUAUAAUGGAAUUGAUCAGUGAUGCCAGUCGGCUAUCUUUUGAGAUAGUCAAGAAUUGCAUGUAAUGUACUACAUGUGGCUAAUGUUCCAGUGUUGAUUUGCGUCAAAUUAACCAUACAUAAUGUAUUUGUUGCUCACUCAUUAGUUAAGUUUUCAACCUGUUAAGAUACAGAUUUAAAAUUUUUUGCAGUUUUCUGUAACAGCUAAAGUGAAUCAGCAGUAUCCACUUCAGCUAGUCAGGUAGAUAAAUGAGCAGCCAAUUGACCAAUUUCUUAAAAAAAAAACCUGUGCUACUUGAGUUAACUAAUGCAAUGAACAAAUUCAAAGGUGACAAAACAACUAACUACAUUGCUAAAUUCUCAACUGAGUUCAGAGUCUGGUAAGUGAACUGAAAGUUGGAAUUAGUCAAGCGAAUGCUUUCAAAUUUGCACAGGUUUUAUUAAAGUUUUAGAUCAAGGGGCCACACUUCUGUAGCAUUUGGUAAUUCACCACAUAUAUAGUACCUUCAUAAACCCCAAAAGAGCAAAUUCUGUUUUGUAAUGGACAUUUUACAACUGAGUGGAGCUGUGAACACAUGCAGUAAGAAGUUUGCUAAGGAUCACAAGAUAUGAGUUACAUGCACCAUCUGAUAAUCUCAUUUUGUGUCUGCAUUCUGCCUGCCAGCGAGAAGCUGAUCAUCCCUUUUCUGCCACAAUGGAGUGCUUAAACCUGCAAAGAGAAUGUGUUUUUAAAUUGAAAAGUAUCAAGAUUUUGUUGCUGGAUGUAGUCACUGUUGCAAUUAAGUAUAAAACCACCAAUGUUAAAUGUAACUUUUCUUUCAAAUAGCUCUUUAUUAUAGAAAAAAAUUAAUACAUUUGAAUCCAAUAAAUUAUUUUACUUUUUUAAAAAUUGGCCAUUUUAUUAUUGGGAAUUCACUUUCAAAAUAAAGCUAAACAUUAAAUAA